AUGACCAAAUGUCGGCUUCGUCAUCUGCUCAUCCUCACGGCCUCAGUCCUCGGCUGCGUCUGGUUCUUCCUCGGGGGCGAGCUCCGCGCCAUCGCUGACCAGUACAACGUCCGCGACUAUCUCAGAGACUCCUUCGACCCGGACAAGCGACCUGUCAAGCCUUCCCAUGCCGUGGCGGUCGGCGACAAGGCCAUCGUCAUGGCCGCCCUGGAGGAGGAAAACACGCGCUGGGUCAAGGAGUACCUCCCAGACUGGCAGCGGGCGAUCUACACAGUCAACCCGUCGCAAAAGACGCUCCGGGACCCAAACCGCCUCUCGACCCCCGCCAACAAAGGCCAUGAAGCCAUGGCCUACCUCACAUAUGUGAUAGAGCACUACGACGCUCUCCCUUCUGUCGUCGCCUUCCUGCACUCGCACCGCGCCGGCUUCCUCAAGGCCUGGCACGUCGACGCCCCGCUGCACGAUAACGCGAUCGCGAUGCAGUCCCUGCAGACCGAAUACGUCAGGCAGAACGGCUACGUGAACCUGCGAUGUAUGCGGAACCUGGGCUGCGCGUCGCCAGGCCGCCACCCGCUCAUCACGCCCGAGGUAUGGGGCCAGCUCUUCAACGGGACCGCGCAGCUCAUCGAGGGCGCAGGCAAGGGUAAGGACAUGCCCAUGCCUAUACCGAAGCUCGUGAUGGCGGCCUGCUGUGCCCAGUUUGCCGUGUCGAGGGAGCAGAUACGGUUGCGGCCGCUGGAAGACUAUGUGCAUUUCAGACAGUGGCUGUUCGAUACGCGGCUGAACGAUGCGUCCAGUGGUCGCGUAUUCGAGUAUCUGUGGCAUAUCAUCUUCGGCAAGGAGGCUAUCUACUGUCCCGAGGAGGAUGUCUGCUACUGCAAGGUCUACGGACGCUGCUAG